GGCAAAGAACACGUGCUUCUGCGAAUAUGGGAGAAGACAAGUCGGACAAAAGUGACAGUUCUGUCGGUUCAAACAGCAUUGGAGAACCAGAAUAUGGCUGCCAACUCAAAAUUCUGAAGUUAGACAACCAGAUACGAGAGCUUCAGACCCUCAUUAGAGAUAAGACAACUUCGAGAGGUGACUUUGUAUUUUAUGCAAACAGACUGAUCCGAUUGGUUGUUGAGGAGGGUUUGAACCAGCUACCUUACAAGACAUGUGAAGUGACUACACCAACAGGGGAACCCUUUGAAGGGGUAGAGUUCCUGCAUGGAAACUGUGGCGUCAGCAUCAUGCGAAGUGUGGUGGAGUUCCUGCAUGGAAACUGUGGCGUCAGCAUCAUGAGAAGUGGUGAGGCCAUGGAACAUGGUCUUAGAGACUGCUGCAGAUCGAUACGUAUUGGUAAGAUUCUGAUCAAAACGAAUGAAGAGACGGAUGAAGCCAAGGUGUACUAUGCCAAGUUUCCUCCCGACAUCAGUAAAAGGAGAGUGCUUCUCAUGUACCCAAUACUCAAUUCAGGGAACACAGUGAUACAGGCAGUAAGGGUUCUACAGGAACAUGGAGUCAAGGACAAGAACAUUCUUCUUCUCACUUUGUUCUGUACUCCACAUGGUGUACAGACUGUGAUCAAGGAAUUUCCAAACAUCACCGUGCUGUCGUCAGAGAAGGACCCAGUUCCUCCCAUCCACUUUGGACAGAAAUAUUUUGGGACGGAUUGACACGGUAUUCAUAAAUGAAUGA